AUGCUUUCAUCAAGCCAAGGUAGCAAGCCAUUCAACAAGUGGGCGGUGGACAUCCAGAGUUUGAACACACUGCUUCGUGGUACGACCUUGCAUCUUUCUGAGACUAACCUCCAUUAUCACCUCGAAGCCCACAUGCAUCCCGAACUUGCGAACAAAUACCAUGUGGAGAAAGUCUCCACAACUGUAGGCUUCUGGCUUUGGAUCGAGAAGAUACACCUGUUGGAUGAGAAGCAUCUGCGACAACUCGUGAAACAGAAGGAGGCCGUAGAGGCCACUAUCCAUGCUGAAUGUUUUCGCAACGGCAGGGACAAGAAACUCUCCUUGUUGACACAAUACAACGCAAGGUCUGGCGCUAGCAGGAAAACAGGCUCCUUUGUGCGUGUACCACCCCUCACAGAGGAGGAGUGGAGACUAUUACGUGACAACAACGGUUGCUUCAAAUGUAGGGAACCUUUUGCAGGACACACAUCUAAUGUCUGCAGCAAAGAGUUCCCGGACGGUGCGAGCUACAAAACUGUGACUGCCACA